ACCCGCCACUUGCUUGCUAGCUAAUGGCGGCCUUUCGUCGAAGCGAACCAACUCAAACUGCCCGCUCGCAGAGGAGAAAAGAAAAUGCUGAGCAGCAGGACAGUCGUGGCCGUAGCCUCAUCCUCUUCUUUCCUCUCACUCUCUCCGCAACCUGCUUCCACCUCCACUUCCGCCGCCGCCGCCACUUACCCAUUUUUGAACAGACGGCUCGGGUUCUCCAAAUGCCCCACCAAUCGUGAUCACAUCAUCAUCCCGAAGCCGCAUCAGCAGCGUAGCAGAGUGAUGGAGGGUUUCACGGCUCGAGCGGCGGCGGCAUCGGCGCCGCAAUUGGAGGACGCCGACGCACUCAUCUAUACUCCUAUGCACGAGUUGUUUUUUUUUGUGUUUGUGGUUAUCAAUUCUUUCAUUCCAUAAAAAAAAAUAAUAUAUAUAUUUUAUGACU